AAACCUUAAUAUUCCAAUCAUAUCCGCUAAAAGAAAAGUCCAGUCGGAUCUAAUAAAAUUCGGGCAGGGCAAAAUUACUAUAAAACUUUUGUAGACUCUUCGUUUCGAAGCUAGUGUUUGGCCUUUGGUGACGAAGAAUCAGAUUGGUUCUAUAAGCUUCUCUCAUCUUCAACUCUUGACUCUCAAGUGUUUUACUCUACGCAGCAGAAGCAGAAGUCAAAAAGGCACAAGGCUAUAAGAAGAGACCAUGCCAAAGAACAAGGGGAAGGGAGGAAAGAACAGAAAGAGAGGGAAGAAUGAAGCUGAUGAUGAAAAGCGCGAACUCGUGUUCAAGGAAGACGGCCAAGAGUAUGCCCAAGUGCUUCGAAUGCUAGGCAAUGGCCGGUGUGAAGCCUUGUGCAUCGAUGGUACUAAGCGCCUUUGCCACAUCCGUGGGAAGAUGCAUAAGAAGGUUUGGAUUGCUGCUGGUGAUAUAAUCCUUGUUGGGCUUCGUGACUAUCAGGAUGAUAAGGCUGAUGUGAUCCUCAAGUACAUGCCUGAUGAAGCGAGGCUCUUAAAAGCCUAUGGUGAGCUCCCAGAGAAUACGCGUCUCAAUGAAGGCAUUGUCGAUGAGGAGGAUGAAGGAGGUGCAGAUGAUUAUGUUGAGUUCGAAGAUGAAGAUAUAGACAAAAUCUAGGGUUUUGGAAUUGGUUAUGUUUGAAUAAUGUGUUUAAAUGUUAGAAAAGGGAUAUUGUUAAUGUUGAUGGAUGCUGCUAAGAAGCCUGCAAAUACCUGGGAUUUAUCCCAGAAUGCAUAAGUUUGCAUUUGUAAGAGGUGAAUGUUCAUUCUUAGAUGUAAUGUUAAUUUUGCUCAAACUGUGUUCCAUAUCUCAAAUUUACUAAUGACAGUUAAGCUUAUUUUGAGCA